CUUCUAUAUAUUCUCAUUUUGAUUCAUUCAAGACCUGCUUUAUGUUCUUUCUAGAUCUCAACUUUCAUGACAGAACUGUCUUAUUGCAUGGUGAUGAGGAUUAAUAUUGAUUGUAAUGGGUGUUGUGGAAAAGUAAGGAAGACCAUUCUUGGCAUCCGCGAGGUGGAUCAACAUAUGAUAGAGAAGAAGCAGAAGAGGGUGAUUGUGUUUGGCAAAUUCGUCCCACAAGACGUGGCGAUCAAGAUAAGGAAGAGAACCAAUCGAAGAGUUGAAAUACUAGAUAUUCAGGAAUUUAACCCUAACGAGAUGAAUAAUAACAAUAAUAGUAAUAAUAAUAACAAGACAAUUAACAAUGAUCAUCAUCAAGUUCCUCAAGGUGAUCAUGAACAAACUCCCUUGCUUGUUGCUAGUUCAUGGAACCACCUUGUAUCCUCAUCUCAUAUUGAAACUUGCUGUCUAGAAUAUAUAUGAUCAUCAUUAGGUAAUUAGUAAGGUCAUCUAAAUUCAUCAAUGUCAUGUCUAUGUAUGUAUAUAAACCAUGGAUACGUAAUUUACAUUAUACUAAAUUACUAAAUUGAUGAUCAUAAUUAGUUCUAAGAAGUUUGAGACAAGUAAAUAUUCUCUCU